AUGUCGAGUGUUCUACUAUUGGGAGAUAUCCUUGUUGACAGGAACUACAUUGGAAAGUCGACCAAUCUCACACCAGAAGCACCUGUACCGACUGUAAAGGUGGAAACAAUAACGUCAACCCUAGGCGGUAUAGGAAAUGUUGCCAGAUCGCUGACGGACUUCUUCCAGAAAGUACAUUUUAUUUCAAGUUUUCAUGAGGCUGACGCGAAAAUGGUCCAGGAACUAUUUGGAGAAAAGGUUUGCUACACCAACUUCGAGCAAGAAGACCGCAGGAUGGUCGUUAUCAACAGAGUUAUGGUUGGAAACCAGUUGAUGUCAAGGUUCGAUUAUCCGUGCGACAGAAAGGAGUUGAGUGAGGAAUAUGAGAAUGAGAUUGUUAACCACAUUAAAGUCAAUUUACUGGAUGAGUUGCAAGUUGUUAUAUUGUCUGAUUACGAUAGGGGGUUUCUUACUAGGGGCUUGUGUACCAGGGUAAUACAAAUGUGUAAGGAAUCAGGGGUUACAGUUUUAGUUGAUCCCAUCUUACCUGAUUGGACCAAGUUUGAAGGAGCAACUCUCAUAAAGCCUAACCGGGAAGAAGCGAACAGAUUCAUCGAGUAUGAGAAAAUGAAUUCUGAUGAAUUUGCCGAGACGACCUUGAAAAAACACGGAUUUUCUUAUAUACUCAGCACAUUAGACAAAGAGGGCAUGGUCCUGUACUACAAAAACGAAGCCGAGGAAAUAUCUCAGAUCAGGAGGGGGUGUGCAGAGAACCUGAAAAUAGUGGAUGUUAACGGGUGCGGUGAUGCUUUAAUCACGGCAACUGCAGUCUUCCUCCAACAACAUGGGUCACUCAAAAACCACGAACAGGACCUGGUAAACAUAUUGACACAAGUUGGUAAAAUAGCAGCGGGAACCUCCGGUUGCUACAUCCUAAACUCUGUAGACUUUGAGAGGCUCCUCAAACCUCGGAGGGUUAUAUUUACAAACGGAUGUUUUGACAUUAUCCAUGUUGGUCACCUGAAGUUAUUGAACUAUUGUCGGGGAUUAGGGGAUCACCUCGUCAUCGGAAUAAACUCGGAUAACAGUAUCAAAUUAAACAAAGGUGGAAGCAGACCGAUAAACAAUCUCGACUCUAGAAUUAAUUUCUUAAAAGAGCUGAACAUAGCAGACGAGAUUAUACCAUUUGAGGAUAAAACUCCAAUUGAAUUAAUAAAAGCAAUACGACCAGACGUUCUAGUAAAAGGAGGUGAUUACACUAUAGAUGAUAUUGUGGGCAGAGAAAUAUCUGGGAGUACAGUUCUUUUCCCUUUGGAGGUUGGAGUGAGUUCAACAGCCAUCAUCAAGAGGAUAACCAGCAUUUACCAAAACGAUCUUCAAAAUUAA